AUGAAGUUGUUCGGGUUGUCAAAAAGCCGUGGCAUUUUCGCGGAUGGGGCGACGGAGGAUCAUGGACCACCUGAGCCGCACGAUUGUGCCAACGGGAAGAUGCGCGUUGACAGCGCUGCGCGGUGUGUAGUCUACGCUGAAAACUGCGGUCGCUACGCCAUUCUCGGCAAGAAGGAGCGAAAAUCUUCCGGGGACAGCACCAACGACGAGCCGCUCAUGCGCAUUUACGCAAAAACGACUUCAGAAGCCUUGCAGAUGAUCGAACUCAGACCACAAGUAAAAAACGAGAAACAGCGAGGGGUCGUCGAAGCAUAUUUUUCACCGUUGGGGAACUUCAUCGCGACGUACGAGCACUACGUGAAAAGCGGUGGAAAUAACGCGAACUUGUGGUAUUUGGACUGGGCCAAGAGUGAAGCCGUUUGCGUUGACGGCUGCACCAUCCAGACUCUAAAGCCCUCGUUGAAUUGGCCCGCAUGGAAACUCUCGGCCGGCGAGGAGUUCUGCUGUCGUGCCGUCGGGAACGGCCUCAAUGUAGUGGACUUGCGAUCCCUAACUCUCUGCAAGACGUUUUGGAAGAAACGCACUACAGGUACAAGUUCUCCUGGGGUUCUUCUCUUUUUCGCUCCCCCACGACCACGUAGCGUAGUUUUUUUAUGAUUUUUACACAUCAAGCAACCUACUUCUAGUCAAUCUCAAUCAUGCAUGCAAUCCACCAGAUGGCUCACGCUCACCCAUCCCCGUCGGUCUAGGUCUUCGUUAAACAGAAAACUGUUCGCGAAUCCACUUUCAUCGUAGGUGACGCUGGCGCAGCCUCCGGGCUUCCAACCGGGGAAGAGGUCAGCCAAGCCUUCCAGUCCGACCUGAAUCGAAAAAAGCUGGCGCUUCCGAACAUAUCGCAAUUCGAAAUAUCGAACGGCGUGCUCGGCUGCACCGCCUCGACCCAAAGCGACGCCUGUCCCUUCUACGUAUCCAAAAACAACUUUUCCAGCCCCGGUUCCCAUUUGCUUCCGGCCACAGCAGCGACAAUCCGGUCCCUUCUAGAGGAAGAGGGUGGCGAAAGCCCAGCCGCGGACCAGCAGUCGCGUUUCUUUGUCGCGGCGUUCGUCCCUGAGGCGAAGGCCCAACCGGGUAAGGUAAGCUUGUUCGAGCUGACCGCAGACACAAAUGCCGCGCUGCAGCGCCCCGUGAGCUCAAAAUCCUUCUACAAUGCCUCAUCCGUAUUGCUUCGCUGGAACAUGAGCAAGCUCCCAGCAGCGGUGUUGGUAUUCAGUGGGCAAGAUUACACCAAGGGCGACUCACUGGAUUGCGAGACAAGGUACUUAUGAUCUAUGUAGUACGACUGGAAGUUUAAAGAAGUUACUUCCACCACGACUCAGAUUUUCUACAGGUACACUGAAAGUGUAAGGAUUGCUGGGAGCAUCAACAAUGUGCCACUGGUGCGUAAGCAAGUACGAUAUGACAAAGACUGAAAAGGAGCAGUAGCAAUAGCAAGAACUUGCAUAGUAAAAUUAAAACAGCUACUACGGCGCCACGACGCUCUUUCACUUGUCUUGCUCCGAAACAAGUAGUGGGCCCGUGAAUCUCGGGGAAAUCCAAACCGCCGCGUGGAAUCCGCGGCGAAACGAGUUUCUGGUGCUCGAGGGGCGUACCUUGCCUUGUUCGCUGUCGUUAAUUUCCGGGGCCAACCCGUCGAAAACCCUGCAGCAGAUCGUGCCUGACAAGUCCCUGCGCCGGAACCACAUCGCGUGGUCGCCAUCCGGGGAUCACUUCGUCCUUGCUGGGCUGGGGAAUCUCGCCGGGGACCUGGACUUUUACCACAACGCGAACCAUGGCACGAAAAAGCCACCCCAGUUCUCGAAAAUAUCCUGUGCAAAAGUAUAAAUAUCGUGCUGGUGGUGUCCUACUUUAACUCUUAGAAAGAAUGGCAGUCGCGCAUGGGAUCAGAAUCAGAUGGAUCUACUGCAUCUGCUUUCUUACUUGAAUUUGCAUGACGUUGCCCCCGCCCCGCCUUGUUGGAUGGUUUUUCUUCAAAACACUUGUUUAUGCGAUUGUUCCUGUUAGUGCUAGCCCGAUUCCGGUAGCGAUAUUUUUCCUUUUGCAAUGCAUAGAGCAUUCGCACGGCCAACUUCAACCGCUGCACAAACAUCGAGUAUGACCGUAUGGCGUUCUCAAACGUUACAUUCUCAAUUGUUCCAUGAAUUUGUAAUGCAAGACUGGCAAAAGUGAAGGGGGGAAGAUGGCGCCUUUUGCAUUACAAGUUUGGCGCAGAUUUACAUGCUGUCUAGCCCUCCCGAAAUUUGUGAUGCGAAGCAGCUCGAUCAUCUGCCGGCUUAAGGUGCUCUUGCAUGACAAAUUCAUGUAAAAGUUGAGAAUGUAACGUUUGAGAACGCCAUACACCGUUUCGGACUCUCCGUUCUGUGCAGCACGCUGGCUCCACGCAUUCGUAUGCAUUGCAAAUAUGUCUGGGUCUGGAAGGUUGGAACUUGUGAUGCUGUCUUUGGAAUCUAGAAAAAUCUGUAUUGCAUGACCAGCAAAAGGAGUGUGAUUUUUGCUACGCGGCGACGGCAUUUGUCAUGUGGAGUAGGCAUCAAGAAGCCCUCAAAAAAUCUGUGAUGCUAGGGCAUGCAUCACCGACACGAGGACUCAUGCAAAAUAUGCAUGACAAACCCAGCAAUGUUCCAGACCCAGACAUUUUUACAUUUGAUAAUUCGCUCCGAAUGCUCAUUUCGCUUGUACGACUUCGCGGGAGGGUUGACACUUGACAGUGGUAGCUCCACCGCUGCCACGGCUGAUGUGUCUACGGGUGCCGUAAAGCCGCUCGAAGCCGACGACCAGCUGUAUGGCAUAACCUUCGCAGAUUGUGUCACCGGAAGUGACUGGAAAAAAACGGACAUGACCGAUCUCACCAGCGUUGUUUUUCCAGAAGCUGUGAUUAUUGCCGCGAAGAAGCUGGGGGAUGAAACGGCUGGCAAGGGUUUGUCUACUUCCAACGGCGUGCCGGAACACAUGAAAAAAGCAUAUGUGCCGCCUCAUUUGCGGAACGUAAAAAUCGAGCCCGCCGGCGGAGGGCCUAGUGGUACUAAAGCUGCCGCAAAAAACAAACCAAAGGCCAAGAAGGAACCAAAGCAGACACAGCAGCCACCAGCGGAAGCUGAGUUCUCUCCAUCUUCGCGAACAAACGAAAAACAGAAAGAACAGCAAGUGCCCGAGCAGGCUUCUGUUACUGCGGCCGAAGUCCUCCCGAAUAAGAAACCGUUGCUUGAGGAGGUGAUGGCGAUCCAUGAUGACGAGCAGAAACAGAAGAAAGCCAAAGCUUUGAAGAAGAAGUUGACGCAAAUCGAAAAGCUGAAGGAGAAAAGCGAACUGAGCGCAGAGGAGAAAGAGAAGGUGGCCACGGAAAAAGAACUCAACGAAGCACUUGCAUAUCUUGGGUGCUGA